CAUGCGAUUGCACUCCUGUCUUCGUUGGCAAUCUCUUUGUUUUGGGUGGGUCCGGAAGCACAGUCUUGAAUACACCCGGUCGAUCUCCUGUGGCAAUGAUCGACUGGCAUACCGAGAUCAUGUUCCUGGCUGCAUUGAUGUCUCGAUCCCACAGCGUAUGGCAGCUUGCACAGCUCCGGACAAAGUGUGGUUUCUCGAUAUCAAGAUGCUCGGGUGACUCGAGUCGCUUGGCUUCCCGACAAUGUGAGCACACCUGCGAUGUGCUGAACUCGUUCACCGAGCACACAUGGAUCUUGGAGACGGAUCGGUCUGGUGGGCGUCUCUGGUGGUGGUGGAACUGCUCGAAAUACUUGGCAAACCUGAGUCUCCGUGGGCUGGAUGCGUAUCCCUUCCCCUGUUUCCAGGAUGCAUUCCCAAAGGCAAUCACCACUUCGGUCUCCUUUGGUGCCUGGUCGAUGACUCGCUUGCACAUCUCGUGGACGGUGCGCUGUCGCUUGCUGUGGAGAUCGGGUCGCUUGAAUCGCCGUCGCCGGGUCAGGCUGAAGUACAGCUGUUUGUCCAGCAUGUCUCCAUCGAACACAUGGCGAAUGUAUUGCAGGAAGGGAUCCAACCCAGGGAUCUUGGGACUUGGUGUGGUGCUCAUCCAUUGCUGCAGACCAAGGAUCUUGUGGGUGCUCUGGAUCCACUUGGUCGCCUGGCUGGUGUCUUUCGCUUGAGGGGAGCCAUCUGGCGAGAAAAUAGCGACGAUGGCUGGUUCUGCCCUUGGGGAAGAAAGAAUCUCCUCAAAACCGGCGCAUUUUGGGCUGGCAGAGAUACUGCACAGUGGCGUCCUC